UAUUGGAUGUCUGACAAAUUAGAAAUAAUUGUCGGUGAAUACUACAAUGUUUAAGAAUCCAACUAUUGGAUAUAAUAAUUUUCACUAAAUACUACUGUGUCAAAACAACGACAACAAGAGUCUGAUAUAAUAAUUGUCACCUAUUAACUAGGGUGUACUACUCUGUGUCAAAGAAUCCAACUAUUGGAUAUAUAACAAUUGUCACUUAAUUCUAAUGUGUAAAAACAACAACAACAAGUGUCGGAUAUAAUAAUUGUCUAUAUAAGUGUUUGGAAGAGCUAUUCUAAAUUAUUGAUAAUUCUGUGAUAUAAAUAUAGAUUAAAGAUUGAAUUACCAAGACUUUGGUAUAUGUAUUCUGUAGACAAAUAUUGCAAGCUGGGGAGAAAGAGUUUUACAGAGUGCUAGUUAUUUAUACCAAUUAUUUGGUAAUAGUCAUAAUGGAUGAAUAUAAUAAAUUGACAGUUUAACCAUAAAAGAAAAAAAUUCAAGAAGAAGUGGAUUGUUCCUAAGUUCUUAGGAAACACAUAGGUAUUUUGAAAUUGUGAUUUUAUAACGAUGAUAAAUAUAAGUAGUCAAACUGAAUUAGGUUGUAUUCUUUGAGAAAAUAAAAUCAUAAAAAGGGUGUUAACUUGUGCAAUCAUUAAUUAUUUCCAAUAUUUUGGAAAAUAUUAAUAAAAACUAAUAAAGGUACUAUAUCUGCUUCUGGGAAUAAGAAUUUAUUCCAAGAAAUUGGAUUUUCACCUUAAAAACAGCAUUUGAUUUAAGUUUGCUAUCCGUUACAAGCAUAUCUAUAAUAAAGUUUCCAAGUAAUUUGGAAAGUAAUGAGAUGAAAUGAAAAUAGCCAAAGGUUUAAAUACAACUAAGAGUUUUAGGAUAAGGUUUAAUUUGGUGAAAAGGGGGAGAUGUUUAGGGUUGUAUUUAAUUAGAGAACUAUGAAUAAAGCAAGUGAAAAAGUAAGGGAGGCACAAAAGUUCAAAGCCACAAAGUUCUAAUAAUUAAACUGUAGGAAACGCAUCAAGGGACUCAUGGCAUAUUCAGUUCCUCUUGUUGGUACAUUACCACUAGUGUAUCCAUCAAUGCAACCAACAUGUGCGUACCAAUCCCAUCUACCAUUUCAACCACCCAAUCCAUAUCAAAUGGGUUCAUUUCCGACUAUGAUGCCGCCUUGGAUGUAUCCAUAUCCCAUGAAUCCAUACAUGAUGCACCCACAAAUGCAACAAGGCCUGGGAAUGAAUGGCAUGUGCCCAGGUUACAUGGGUUAUCAGCCAGGGUACCAAUGUGUACCAAAUGCUGGUUUCAUGAAUGGGGUUAGGAAUAAUGAACCUAAUAACUUGAGCAGUGUACAUGAGGAAAUACCUCAAAGUAAAGUUCAGAACCCGAUUUCGGGUACGUUAAGGGAUAGUGGAGAAAGUAUUGGGGUUAUAAAUUAUGAACCUAAUAACUUGAGCAGUGUUCAUGGGGAAAGGCUUCAGAGUAAAAUUAAGAACCCGAUUUCGGGUAUGUUAAGGGGUAGUGGAGAAAGUACUUGUAUAAGUGAUGCUCAGGGUAGAUUGGACGAUUUAGAUAGAGGGCCCCACUUUGACAAUUUAGGUAGUUCUGGAGAUAGAGAAAGUAACUCCCGACCAACAAAUGGCAAUGUCCGGGAAAGAAGGUCCCAAUUUAAUGAUUUGGGUAGUUCUGGGGCUGUAGAGAGUGACUCUCGAUCCACAUAUGGUAAUGUUCGGGGAAGAAGGUCCCAGAUUGAUGAUUUGGUUAGUUCUGGGGCUAGAGGAAGUGACUCCCAAAUAACAAAAGGUAAUAUCUGGGAAAGAGGGUCCCAAUGUGAUGAAUUGGGUAGAUUAGGAGCUGGUGAAAGUAAAUUCCGACUUUCGGAGAGAAAUGGUCUGGACACAAAGUCCACGGGAGACAAACUAUCACAUCAGUUUAGGUACAAGGAAAUAACCCAAGACCAAACAUGUGAUGAACGUGCCAUAAGAGAGAGGCCAGCUACUGUGGCACAAGUAAUGGACAAAUUGACUUGCUUGUGCCGAGGGUCUAAACCCAUAAAGAAGGUGUCAGCAGAGAAAAGCGUAGCUGCGGUCGCUCAAAUGUCCCAAAGUAAGAUGCUUGAACUCUCAAACAUAUCCAGACAUAUUGGACUAGAUUAUUGGAACUGGGAGAGAGUAAAAUCAAAGGAUGACAGAUUCCGAGUCUUUGGAAGGGAGCCCAAAAAGGUCAUGGAAAGAAACAGAACGGAUAAUUCCAAUUAAUCCCGAUGAUAUUGUACGGGAAAUGGAAACCUUAUGUUCUCGCAAAGUACAGAUGCCAUCUGCCAAAU